CCCCUCCGGCCAUGUGGUCCCCGCCCUGCGCCCUCCCUGCCCCGGCCCCCGCUGAGACCCUCGCGCUGCCCGCAGGUCCCGACGAUGACCCGGACGGCGGCCGCGUGCUGGGCUCUCCUGCUGGUCGCUGCCUCCCUCUGCGACUACGGCGCGGCCAAGGGCGGCCGUGGAGGGGCGCGGGGCAGCGCGCGCGGCGGGCUCCGGGGAGGCGCGCGCGGGGCCUCGCGGGUGCGGGUGCGCCCUGCGCCCCGCUUCUCCGGCUCCUCGGCUCGCUUGGCCGCGGCCGGGGCGGCGGCGGGGGCCGGGGCGGCGGCGGCGGCCGGGCUGGCGGCGGGAGGGGCCUGGCGGCGCGCCCCGGGCCCGGGCCAGCCCGCCCUGCACGACGACGAGGACGCGGGCGCCGGCUGGAACCGGACCGUGUACAGCUACCUGGUGCUGAUCUCGGCCUCCGGACCCGCCGCCGGCCCCAGCCUCGGCCUGCUGCUGGGCAGUGCGCUCGUUGCCCGCGGCCUCCGAGGCCUUUAGCCCCGCCGGCUGGGCCCGAGCAGGCGGUCCGCUGGCCACAGCCGACGAACGGCCGCCCACCCCGGACGCGAGCCUUCCCCAAAGAGCAGGUGUCUCUGGAGCGCCGGUUCAGCACCCUGGAACUGUCCCUGCUGCCGCCCGGAGGAAGCGCCAAGGGUGGGCAGAGCUGAGCCUGGGGCAGGCACGGAGACCGAGCUGGGCAUAAGGCCUGCCCACGCGCAUGGGUUCGCUGUGGAGGGGCGACACACGGCCGGCUGACGAGACAGAAAAGCUGCCCGUGUGGUUCGGGCCCAGAGACCAUAGCAGUGGCAGAAACUGGCACUGGCCUCGUCCUCGGCUGGUAACACCCUG